AUGACGGAGCUUAUCAACAAGCUUGCCGGGGAUCACCUGGCCAAGCAUCAGGCCGACUAUUGGCUGCAGCAAGAAGCCAGCGUUGAUGGCAUGCUGGGUGGCUAUGGUGCCAUCUCGGAGGUGGACAUUCAGGGCUCACGCCAGCUGCUGCGGGAGCUGACGGAGAUGUACGAUGUUGAGCGCACUCGCGCUCUGGAUGUGGGUGCCGGCAUUGGACGUAUCACUGAGCAUCUGCUCAUUCCUGCUGGCUUCAAGGCUGUCGAUUUACUCGACAUUGAUCAACGCUUCUUGGACACAGCCCGCGACCGGCUGAGCAGCACCGGCCAAUUGGGUGACUGCUUUUGCUCUGGGUUUACCCAGUUUGACUUUGCUGGCGGCUCCCGCCGUUGGGAUCUCAUUUGGAUGCAAUGGUGCGCCAUCUACCUAAACAAUGAUGCCUUUGUUGAUUUCUUCAAGCGUGCAGCACAAGCCCUGACGCCAACAGGCAUUCUUGUUCUCAAGGAGAACACCUUGAGCAAGAGUACCGCAGACGAGUUUGACGACGAUGAUGGUUCUGUGACCCGUGGCCAUCAGACCCUUCGCCGGCUAUUCAAAAAGGCGGGCUUGGAAUUGUUGCGCUGCAAGCGCCAGGCCGGCUUCCCGCCCGAGCUUUAUCCAGUUUACUUUUACGUUCUGCGUCCUCUUUGA